UCGAUUAUUCAAUAGUCGAUUUCUACAUCGCUAAUUCGUACUUUUUCAGUGAAAAGCAGCCAAACAUAAAUGUAUUUUAACAUAAAAAUAUUAACAACAACUAUUGUUUUCCAGCGCGCUUUACCAUAAAAAACACAUCUACUAAUCGUUACGCAAAGUAUACAAGCGGAAAAAGCAACAAAGUCCACACGCUGUGAUUGAUUGCAGAGUGUAAAAUUCCACACACCACACAAAAAUGUCAACAAAUGCAAAUGCGACUCGAAGACGUCGUCAAAAACCACCAGCCGGUUCCACCAAUUCCAAUUCUGCACAUUCGUCGAACUCUGGAAACCGUAACAAUGGUAAAGUUGAACGUGUCAACAUACCGGAAAGCGAUCGACUGCCGUUGCAAACAAAAAUAGCAAAUUUUCUUGCCAGUGCCGAAGAUGAGAUUGUGCUGAAGGGUCUCAGUAACUUACAUCGAAAGUAUUUACAUCAAUAUGCUGCACAACGGGGUCUAAAGAGCAAAAGUUAUGGCUCGAAGAACAAUCGAGAAUUACACAUAAGUAAACGUAAACGACUAGUGACACUGGGCGAUUCUCAGCCGUUGCACAUGGCUCCGGCCACCAGGGCUAUGCUGCAAACUCUAAUGCCGGCCAUACAAUCACAAUUGGUUGCCAAUCAGGCUCUAUUGCAAUCGAACACACAUCGACACAAAGGUAUACGCAGUGAAUCGUUGUCGGUGGCCCUGGGGCCACGCAUGGUUCCACCGAGACCGCAACGCAUAAGCAAUGAACUAUUUCGGGAUAAGCAGGAAUUGCCGAUAUAUCACUAUCAAGCUGAACUUUAUCAAAUGCUUAAGCAACAUAACGUCUUCAUCAUAAAUGGCGAAACUGGCUCGGGAAAAACGACACAAGUCCCCCAAUACAUUUUGAAUGAUGCCACAAGACGCAAUAGACCAUGUCGCAUAGUUGUUACUCAACCCCGUCGGGUUGCUGCUGUUUCUGUGGCCCAUCGUGUGGCUGAAGAAAGAGGAGAACCGCUGGGAGAAACGGUGGGCUAUCAAAUACGUAUGGAAAGUCGCGUUAAAAAGACUUCGAAUUUAAUCUACACUACAUCUGGUUGUUUUCUACGUUCACUAAUGUCGGAUGUUCGUGAUCUAUUUCGCAAGGUGUCACAUUUGAUAAUCGACGAAAUACACGAACGUGAUAAAAACACAGACUUUACAUUGAUCACGGUGAAGGAACAAUUGAAAUUGAACAAAGAUCUCAAAGUAAUUCUCAUGUCUGCCACCAUGGAUAUUCAAUUGUUAUCGAAAUAUUUUGAUAACUGUCCUGUAUUAAAUGUACCCGGUCAGGGGUAUGAUGUUAAAAUCUAUCAUCUCGAAGAUAUUCUCUAUCACACGGGAUAUAGAACAGCCCUUAUGGAAAAAUAUCUACGUUCGAUGAAUGAUAAUUUUCCCAUGCCUGUGACAAUGUUCGAUGAUAAUAUUUUGGAAUCGGGUCAUAGAAAUACGGCAGAACGUUUGGAGGAUGAAUAUUUGCAACAAGUAUUGGACACACUCAUCGAACAGUGUUGUGAUAAUUUGGAAAUGAAAACCCGAGAAGAGUUACAUGAAAUGUUCGAUCAAAUUCAAUAUUAUAUUGAAAGUGAGGGUAUGACCAUUAAUGCCGGUCAUUCGGAGAGUGGCAUUACCCCACUGAUGGCAGGCUGUAAAUGUAAUAUGCCCGAUUUUGUACAAUUCGCCGUACGAAGGCAGGCGAAUGUCUUGAUACGUGAUAAUGAUGGUUAUGAGGCAAUUGAUUAUGCGCGUCUGCAUCCGGACGGUUUGUGUUUGCAGAUAAUAAUGAAUGCCUCACAGUGUAUGAACACCGUCAAACAACAGGAAGAAUUGAGCCAACAAGAUAAGGAAAAACAAAAAGUCCUGUUGGCAUAUCAGCAACAAUUUAAUGACGACAAUGAAGUCGAUCAUGAUUUGAUUUUAUCCCUGCUCGAAGGACUUUAUCGUAAUGCCCAUCCGGGCGCCAUAAUGGUAUUCUUGCCGGGCUAUAAUGACAUAGUACAACAGAGGAAUUUAAUACAAAGCACAUUGCCCGGUGGCACAUAUAAAUUGUGUAUACUUCAUGGGCAAAUGGAUUCGAAAGAUCAAUUUGAGGCCCUGCAACAGCAUCCGGUACGCAAGAUCAUACUCUCGACAAAUAUUGGUCAAACUUCCAUUACCAUACCCGAUUUGGCGUACAUUAUUGAUUCGGGUAAGGUGAAAAUGAACACAUAUGACUCCAUAACUGAAUCAUCGCAAUUGCAAUCCAUAUGGAUAUCUCAGGCUGAUGCCUGCCAGCGAUCCGGACGUGCAGGUCGUACUCAAAACGGUGUCUGUUAUCGCCUCUAUUCAACGGCAAAAUAUCAAUUUAUGCCACAAUUUAGCAUACCGGAGUUCAUGCGCAUCCCAUUGACUGAGAUAUGCCUGUAUGCCAAGACGCUAGAGCCGAAGUGUGAAGUUCAACAAUAUUUACAGAAAUCCUUAAAUCCUCCUUCCAGUUUUAGCAUUCAAAAUGCAUUAAGAAAAUUAAAGAUCUUGGGCGUGUUUCGAGAUGAUGAAUCUGUUACGGAAUUGGGCAAACAUUUGGUGGACAUACCUUUGGACGUACAAUUGGGCAAAUGUUUGCUUUAUGGUGUGUUUUUAAAAUGCUACGAUCCCAUACUGACCAUAUGUUCGUAUCAUUCGGUUAAGGAUCCAUUUAUAUUGCCCACAGAUCGCUCAGCUCAGGGCCAGGCAUCAUUUCAGAGAAAAUCAUUUGCCGGCCAAUCAUUUAGUGAUCAAAUGGGUAUAUUGGCUUUGUACAAAGCCUACAUGGAAAUCCGCCAUAAUCCAAGGAAGGUGAGAGAUUUCUGUAAUAAAUACUUCCUGUCACACUCGGCCAUGGAAAUGUUUUGCGCAACACGCAAACAAAUCAAUGAUGUUAUGAAAAAUAAAUUCAAUAUAAAUUACAUGGAUAAAAUGUUUAACAAUGAUUGGCAUAUGAUACAAUUGUGUUUGGUGGCUGGAUUUUAUCCGAAUGUGGCAUUGAUUGAUCGCAAGGAAUUUAAGUUGAUAUGUGGUGCGGAAAAGCAGCUUAUAUUACAGAGAUCAUCGGCACUGAAUCCGCCAGGUAAGAAGCAUUUGAAGGAGUUUAUCAAUCAAAUGCCACACGAUUGGAUUGUGUUUUUCGAAAAGUCACGCAUUUCGAAUACGUGUACAAUCAACAUGAAUACCGUUGUUCCCGCCCUUAUGAUUGCUCUGCAAUGUGGGCGUGACUGUGAGGUAUUGAAUAGUGCCACCGGCAGUCCCUAUGGUGAAGAAGAUUAUGACGACGACGAUGAUGAAGACAAUGAAUAUAAUGCAACGGCUGACGAUGAAGAUGGUGCCUCAGAUUCAGAGUCUUCUGACAAAUCCCUGGAGACAUCAAACGCUCCACCUCCUCCCCCUGUACCUUCAAAUGAUUUGGAAGCUUUGCAAUUAAAAUUGGCAAAGACCAUGGAAAACAUAUCGCUAAGUAAUGCCAAUAGCAAGAGCAUUUUAUCAUUGGAUAAUUGGAUUAAAUUUGAGCUAUCACCGGGUGAUGCAAAGUUAUUGCUUCUCAUGCGCAUUGCGUUGCACACGCAAUUCCAGGCAUUUUUAAGAACAGGCCCGAAUUCAAAUACAUCAAAUGUAGCAUAUUGCCUGCAAAAGUUAUUGCAUUCAUUGAACAACAACGGCCAGGUUAUGAAAUUUUCAGUUUAACUGAAAUAUUUCGCAGCAGCUUAUUCUUUUUUUUUUUUGUUUUUUUUUUCUUUUUUGUUUUCAAAGCACAAUUUAUAAUGCUUAUAUUUGUUAAUACUAUUAUUUUUCUAGACUUCUAAGUAGUUUUUAAUAUAAAAUAAAUGGAAGGAUUGAUUUGAAUUGAUAUAACAAAAGAAGAAAAAGAAAACAAAAACCACGCAUUUUCUUGUAGCAGAAGUCAAAGAAUUUCUUUACAAUAUUUUUUAAGCUCACAAUUUGUUCAUCUCGAUUACAUUUUUUGAUGUUUAAAUUACCAGAAAUUCUUUGACUUAUGCCAACAAUUUGUGUGGCAUAGAAUUUAGAAGAGAAAACUAUAAAAUACAAUAAGCUAUUUAUUUUAGAUACCCAUUAGAAAAUUGAAUUAUAUUAAGGAAUAUGGUUACUUACAUAUUUACACAGCGGACACAUCAACAUAUUUUUCGGCAGCAAAAUAUAAUAUAAAAGUUAAACAUUGAAGAUUAUAUAAUAAGGUAUUGCAUACCAUUUCCCCCUUUCCCCUGAACUAAAGCGAUUUCCCAAAUUCCGGAAUGUGCAAAGAAGAAGAAGAAGGAAAUGUAACAAUUAUUAAGAAAAUCUAACAAGUAUUAUUAUAUGAAUUUAUACACACAACACACACAAACUAUUAUUACAAUACAACAAAAUACUAUUAAUUGGAAAGUUUAACACAUGAAUAUGUUAUUGUCCCUUAAUUAUAUAUAUUAAAAAAUAUAUAUAUAUUAUUUUAUAUUUUUAUGUUCUACAAUAACAAAAAUAGGCUAUGUUAAUUUGUUUUUAAAACCUAUUUUUAAUCUACAACAAAAAAAUGUACUUGUUUAGUUAUAUAUUCUAAUAAGUAAGCGUUUUGUGUUUCAAAAUUCCUGAAUAAUGGUUAUUACAUAUAUAUGCAUAAAAUAUGCAUUUUAGAAAAAAAGCAAAAAACACUAUGAAAUUUGAAAAAAUACUUGAACAACAAAAUGAUUUUAUAAUACAUAAUAAUAGAAUGCCGUACAUAUAUAACAGCAUGUAUGUAGGCCACCAAUAAUAAUUAUAGAAUUCACACAGACACUCAUACACAACAAACCAACAUAUAUAUUUAUUCACAACUAAUGCUUGAUAUAUAUUUUUUCUAGUAAGACUUAUCAUUAUGUGAAUUAUAUAUAUAAAAAUAAAUAUAUAAAAAAAUCAUCAUUGAUAUCAUAUUUCGAAUAAAUUCAUACAUUUUACACUGUAUAAUAAUUAA